AUGGUCCCAGUGCUCUGGGCCUGUUUCCUGCUUUGGAAUCUCUACAUAGCGUCCUCUAAGACCAUUUACCCUGGAAUCAAGGCGAGGGCUACUCAGCGGGCACUGGACUAUGGUGAGUUGGAUGACUUCAGGAGCCGGGUUGCAGCCGCCAUUGGUGUUCAAGUUGGGAUGGAGGUUAUUGAACAGAUGGUAAAGGAAAAGAACAUCCCAGAUUUAAAAGGUUCUGAAUCUCUUGAAUUUCUGAAGAUGGAUUACGUGAACUACAAUUUUUCAAACAUAAAAAUCAAUGCCUUCUCAUUUCCAAAUACUUCCUUAGCCUUUGUGCCCGGAGUGGGGAUCAAAGUCCUGACCAACCACGGCAUCACCAAUAUCAGCACAGACUGGGAGAUCAAGUCUCCGCUCUUUCAAGAUGCAGGGAAAGCUGAUCUGCUUCUCUCCGGGGCCUAUUUUACUGGUAUCAUUAUCCUGACCCGAAAUGUCUUCGGUCACCCGAUCCUGAAGCUUCAGGACUGUUAUGCCCGUGUGAGCCAUGCCCACGUUUCAUUCUCAGGGGAACUCAGUGUCCUGUAUAACUCCUUUGCUGAGCCCAUGGAGAAGCCCAUUUUAAAGAAUUUAAAUGAAAUGCUCUGUCCCAUUAUCACAAAUGAGAUUGAAGACCUAAAUGCCAAUCUCAGCGCCCUGGAUGUUUUAACCAAGAUUGACAAUUAUACUCUGCUGGAUUAUUCUCUAAUCAGUUCUCCAGAAAUUACCGAGAACUAUCUUGACCUGAAUUUGAAGGGUGUCUUCUACCCACUGGAAAACCUCGCCGACCCUCCGUUCUCCCCAGUCCCUUUCGUGCUUCCAGAACGCAGCGACUCUAUGCUCUACUUUGGAAUCUCUGAGCAUUUCUUUAAAUCUGCGUCCUUUGCUUAUUUCACAGCGGGAGCUUUCAAUGUCACUCUCUCCACCAAAGAGAUUUCCAACCAUUUUGUUCAGAACUCUCAAGGCUUUGGCAAUGUGCUCUCCCGGAUUGCAGAAAUCUACAUCCUGUCCCGGCCCUUCAUGGUGCGUAUCAUGGCCACGGAGCCUCCUGUGAUCAGUUUACUGCCAGGCAACUUCACCCUGGACAUCCCUGCCUCCAUCAUGAUACUCACUCAGCCCAAGAACUCAACUAUUGAAACCAUCGUUUCCAUGGACUUUGUAGCUAGCACCACUGUUGGCCUUGUGAUAUUGGGCCAAAGAUUGAUCUGCUCCUUGUCUCUGAACAGAUUCCGCCUCUCUCUGCCAGAGCCCAACCGCAGCAAUAUCGAGGUCUUGAGGUUUGAGAAUAUUCUGUCAUCCAUUCUUCACUUUGGUGUCCUCCCACUGGCCAAUGCAAAAUUGCAGCAAGGAUUUCCUCUGCCCAACCCACACAAAAUAUCAUUUGUCAAUUCAGAUAUUGAAGUCCUUGAGGGCUUCCUUUUGAUCUCCACGGACAUGAAGUAUGACACGCCCUCAACGCAGCAGCCGAGCGCCCACCUGUGGGAAGGUCUGAACCUGCUAAAUGGACAGUGGAGGGGGAGGCCAGCCCCCUGACUGCUAAAUGGGCCUUCACCCCACCGUCACUGUACGUGCAAAGGGAGAGACCCUGCACACUGGGAUUUCAGUCCUUGUGAAUUGCUGAUGCAGAAAGUUGUCUUUCUUCAGGGACCUAGAAUGAGCCAGCCUGGGCUAACGGGCCGAAGAGGGUUACUUGUGCCUGUGUGGGUGGAGGGGUGAGUGUCGGCGUGCUGUGUAUGUGUCUGAAGACGAGAGCUAGGAACGGAUUUCUGAGCAGGUGGGCAAGAAACUCACAAGUCCCUUUCUGUACUGGUUGUUAUGAGUGGAGAGCCCUUAGGCCUCUGGGGUGUUUUCUCCUGCCUGUGUGUUGGAUUUUAUAUUUUACAGUCACUGUUACUGUCCGCUGUGUGUAAUUAAAAUUGUUUUCUAUCAA